GGCUAAGAAGGACAGCUGGCCAGUCCACAAAACCUCACCAACAAACCUUAGGACCUGACAGAGGUGAUCCUGCUGAGGGGCAGAGAAGGAGACGAGAGACGCGUUCGAGGUGAACAGAGAGUGAAAUCGUAUGAUGUCCGUUGUUGGCGCGCAGCCUUUCAUCAAACCAAUGCAGCCAACACCCUCUGUUUCGCCCGGUAUCCAAAGGAGACACACGCUUCCCGCAAGCGAAGUCCGACCGCUCAACACGCAAGAUGCCAUAAGCGUCUUUGAAAUCGAACGAGAAGCAUUUAUCUCUGUGUCAGGUGAGUGUCCCCUCCACCUGGAUGAGGUGCGUCACUUCCUCACACUGUGCCCAGAACUGUCCAUGGGCUGGUUUGAGGAGGGCCGGCUGGUGGCUUUCAUCAUCGGCUCUCUCUGGGACCAGGACAGACUCACUACAGACGCACUGACUCUCCACAAGCCCUGCGGCUCCACUGUCCACAUCCACAUCCUCGCUGUCCAUCGCACCUUCAGACAGCAGGGCAAAGGUCCCAUACUGAUGUGGCGCUACCUGCAGUAUCUGCGCUGCCUGCCCAACGUGCGCCGAGCAGUGCUGAUGUGCGAAGAUGUCCUCAUUCCCUUCUACCGCAAGUCAGGCUUCAAGGUGCUGGGGCGCUGUAGCAUCACCGUGGCCAACCUGACCUUCACAGAGAUGUGGUACCCCAUUAGCGGCCACGCGUACAUGCGGCGCAACAGUGAAGCAAUCCGUUUCCCUCAGCAUCCCUUGACUCUGCCACUGGCAAAGACUGAUGAGCACGUUGACGUAUGACAUGGUGAUUUGUUUUUGUCCCUGAGAUGAGAUAUCUGCACAGGUUGUCUUUAACUUAAAAUCAGUGUUGUAGGUCUUUGUAGGACAUGUCAGGGUUUCAGAUUUCAGUGGCUGCAGAUGACAUGGCAUUUUUGUUCUAAUCUCACGCUGAAGCUCUUCAAUUUAUCUUGUAUUUAUCUUGAAUGUACUAAACUGUUAUGUGAUGUAUUAUAUGUAAUCAAGUUCACAUUAUGAGGCACUAUCCUGUGUUUAUCACUCACCUGUGAGAGGAGUAGAUUAGUGUGUUGAACUGUAAAGAUGCCGUGUUGCAUUUGGAUUUGUGGCUGCACAGUAAGAUGUCGCCUGCGUAGCACCUUUCUUGGGCUUCCCACAACUACGAAUUGACGUCAGUCACCAGGCUUUAGCAGCUCAAACGCAGCACCUCCAGCUCUAUUAGGGGGCUUUAGCUGUUGAAAACGUCGGUGGAUUUAGAAGGGGAUCCACUCAUCGGUUUGUCAGCAGAUCCAAUGACCUUACUUAAACCUGUACACCUACUGUAGAUUUUGUUUAGA